AUCAGGUAUGUAAGGUUAGUUGGGUCAAAGGUCAUAGUUGAAAUUGAACAUAGUUUGCCCGCCAAAUUUCUGAAGAGGUACAAGGAGUAAGUUCUUCGGUUUUGGUACUCGUACAUUGUUGAAUAUGAACGUAUCAAACAACGACCACACGGAUGAAGUUCUCCGAGGGCUUGACGAACUUCGGAGGCGGGGAGAGCUGACUGACGUGGUUCUGGAGGUGGAAGGGAGAAGUUUCCCCUGCCAUCGUGCUGUCCUGGCAGCGUGCAGUCCCUACUUCCGUGGCAUGUUCACCAGCGGCUACGCAGAGGCCAAACAGGAGAGGGUCAGCAUCCAGGAUGUGAGUGAGGUAGCCAUGGCAACCAUUCUGAACUACGCCUACACCGGCUUCUUUCACGCAGAGCCAGACCAGGUCCAGGCUGUGAUGUCUGCAGCCAAACUGCUACAGAUUGAAUUUGUAAGCCGUAAGGUAGCAAAGUACAUGAAGAACCAUCUGGACGUGUCCAACUGUGCAGAUGUGUUGAUGUAUGCAGACAUGCUGGGGGACCUUACCCUGAAGGAGGCCAGUGUGAGGUACAUCACAAACAGGUUCAACCAGGUGGCGCUACAACCAUCCUUUCUCCAAUUGCCACUUCCCCUGCUCCAGUCACUGCUCAACAUGGAUGAUUUGAUGGUCGACUCUGAAGAUGUCGUUGUGCAAGCCGCUCUAAGAUGGGUUGAUUUCAACCAAGAGGAGCGCAUGCAGCACCUUCCUGCUCUUUGCAAAUCAUUCCGCCAUUGUUUCAUCAGCUCCGACCAACUUGUGGAACUUGAGAGUAAGUGCCUGCCAACAGGCUGCAAGUUGGUGUACAGUGACAUCACAACCCAGCGUGUGUGGCAGACACGGACUGAAAUGCCCAUCAUCCUAGGAGAUUUCGCUUUCAUAUCUUCUAAGAAAAGAAAUGCUGUUUGCUGUGACCCAUUGAAAGGCAAGUUGUAUGAAAUGCGUAUGCCUGACCACCUUCAGUCAUACUCAGUGGCAGUGACUCCAACUGAUGACCUGUACAUGGCAGGGUAUAUUGACAGGGGGUCCAGGAAAAAAGGAAUGAAAAAGUUUCUUCAAUUCAAUCAUCAGGAGAAUACCUGGGAAUCCAGAUGUGACUUGACUACACCUCGAGACAGUUUCCCCUGCCAUCGCAACGUCCUGGCAUCCUGCAGUCCCUACUUCCGCGGAAUGUUCACCAGCGGCUAUGUGGAGGCAAAGCAGGAAAAGAUCACUAUCAAGGAAGUGAGCAAGGUAGCCAUGGCAACCAUUCUGGACUACGCCUACACCGGAAGCCUUAAGAUGGAGCCAGACCAGGUCCAGGAUGUGAUGUCUGCAGCUGGACUGCUCCAGGUUGAAUUUGUAGGUCGUCAAGCUGCAGAAUACAUGAAGAACCAUCUGGACGUGUCCAACUGUGCAGAUGUGUUGAUAUAUGCUGACAUGCUGGGGGACCUCAGCCUUCAAGAGACAAGUAUGAAUUUCAUCGCAUCGAGGUUCAACCAGGUGGCUCUACAACCAUCCUUUCUCCAGUUGCCACUGUCCCUUCUCCAGUCACUGCUCAACAGGGAAGACUUAAUGACCAGCUCAGAGGACAACAUUGUGCAAGCUGCUCUAAGAUGGGUUGAUUUCAACCAAGAAGAGCGUUUGCAGCACCUUCCUGCUCUUUGUAGAUGCUUUCGUGAUUCCGCCAUCAGCUCAGAACUACUUGCAGAGCUCGAGAGUAAGUGCCCGUCAACACACAGCAAGUUGGUUUACAGCAAAAGCACAAACCAGCGGCUGGGACAGGUGCAAAUUGAAAUGCAGAUUUUCCUCAGAGAAGGGUUCUUGAAACAUCAUUCCCAGUAUGCUGCUCCUUGCUAUGACCCAUCCACAGGUGAACUGUAUGCACUUCAUAUACCUGACAAGCUGAACAACUUCUCUUUGACAGCCACUCCCAAUGAUGAGCUGUACCUGGCAGGGGGCAUCAGCAGCAGGACUAGUCAGCCUAUCAAACAGAAGGCACUUUACCAGUAUAACUACCAGUUAAACACCUGGGAACCAAGGUGUGAUAUGGAGUCGCCUAGAGUUAGGUGUGGUCUUGUGUAUCUGAAGGGCUACAUCUAUGCCAUUGGUGGUGAUAAUGCCAAGGAAUCAGCAGAGAGGUACGACCCUAGCUGUGAUGAGUGGACCUCCAUACCAGCCAUCCCUCAGUCCAUGUCCUCAGAACUCUGUGCAGUGACUCUCGAUGACAGCAUCUAUGUUGUAAGUAAGGAAGGCUGCUACUGCUUCAGUACCACAGAGAACAAAUGGAACAAGAUAGCGGACAUGAUUAAACCACCACUGCGUCCUCAGGCCGUCACGUAUCAGGGAUGCAUCUACUGUAUGGAUUCUGACAAAGACUGGGGAGAUUCUGCACGGACUUGCAUAGAGAUGUACAACCCUGCAAAUGGCGAGUGGAAGCAGUCUGGGAAUGGCAAGUCUUUUGUCUUCGACACCGCAACCCUGGUGAAACACGGAGGGAGCCUGUACAUUUUCAUGGUGCAAAUUAUAGGUGCUCAUGACUGCUGGAUCGUAGUGGGACUGCCAAAGAAGUCCCUGACUUAUGUCAACCAGUAUCACCCAGAAACAGACUCUUGGCUGAACGUAACAGACAAGGACAGUCUGGUAUUGCCCUCAACCCUAAUGAAGUGGUUGGGAUCGGGUAAUACUGGGAACAGGACAGAUUGCCUAGUGGCAAGGAUGAUCCCACAGUGCCUGGGGAAGCGGACUUUAGUUGAGGACCUGGUAGCGGAGAUGUUUCCUGAUGAGGAAGAAGAGAGCAAUGAUUCCUCGGAUUCAUCUGGAAGCGGAAUCUCGGAUGACAGUGACAGUGAGGACGACCUCUCGUACCAAGAGGACAGUGAUGAGGACAAUUCUCAUGAAGAUGGGCAGAGUGGAAGUGAUGAAGAGGAUGUCUGAGAUCCCAGAACAUCAUGGAAGAUGUCUCUUUAAUUGACUGAGUCACCAAAGAUCUUGACACAGAGUAACAGAGAAGUUUUGGAAACACAGCGCAAAUAUGGCAAUUUGACUGCCAAUGAUGAUUUGACACAUCCCUUUUAUCAGAAAUGCUGGUGUAAAAUACUUGGCACUAAUUGUUUGAAAGGACACUGAAAAUUAGGAAAAUAUGAUUAUCUAUCUUAUGCCUUACAUUUUAACUUGUACAUUAAUUAACAGAUCUUUCUUAGGAGAGAAUCUUCUGAAUCAUGAUGUACAUGUAGCCAGGCAGGGUUGGUGUGUUAUACAAGAUACUUACAUGGAUAUUAUUUGUAUAUAAUUUGUUUCCCAUACAACAUAGCAAACAUUGUUUGUGGAUCAUAUCCUGGUUUAACAGGAACAUUUUAAACAGCAAAACCAGAAUCAGAUUAUAUUAUACCAUCUGCAAAGUGUUAAACCCCAGCAGCAGAAUAAUCAAACAAUGGAUAGUGAGUGAGUGAGUGACCAUGUAGUUUGCAGUCUUACAUGAAACAAUGUAAUCUAACUGGAUUGUUUGUUUGAUGGAAAUUUGAAUGGAAAGUUUCUACCCAAGAAGAACCCAGGGUCAUACGCAAUAUUCAAAUGUACACAUAGAAAGUAUGCUUUGAUUUAUAUAUCUGCCUCAUACAAUUUCUGUCAAGAUUCAGUAUUAUCAGAUUAGAGUACUAGUAGUUGCGUAUUUCAUCAACAGUUGAAAUAUGUAGAAAUCUUCGUACAUUUCCAUGAUUAAAGAGUCUUCCAAUGUCUUAA